AAUUUAAUGGAUGAAAAAUACCAAGGCAUCUUGAGGUUUUUUGUAUAAAUAUAACACCUUCCAGUGUUGAAACCAGAUCAGUUUAAAAAUUUUUCUCCAAUUAACAAGUCGUGCCCAAAUAGUCGGAAAAAUGUUUAAGGAAAUCAUCUUUUUAUUUUGUUUUGUCGUGAUCUGCAUGGCGUAUCCUGGCGCUCCUGAUGACUUAGAGAACUUGGAGCCAGCUGAAUCUCGCUGGGGCUAUGGAGGUUACGGACGCGGUGGAUGGGGUGGAUACGGAGGUUAUGGACGUGGAGGAUGGGGUGGUUAUGGAGGAUACGGACGUGGUGGAUGGGGCGGAUGGAGAGGUCGUUGGUAAAAUGCACCCAUUAACCAAUUUAUCCACGUGUAUUAGAAGAACUAGAGCUAGAAGUGUUUUAUACGUAACUACAUGAAAUUACUAAAUUUUUGCUGUUUAUGUUGAAUUGUUCAUAGAUGUACACCAAAUAAAAUCAAGUAAAUGUUAAAAA